AUGUCCAUCAACAUUUCCGAGUCCCAACUUGGUGUUCGCGUCGAUGAUUUGAAGAAUUCGUGUUUGUUUCAAUCACAACACGACUUCAAAGACGACUUUGUUGUCUCAUCGCAGUGCACGUCAUGUGGUCAACUCAUUGUUGGACCGUCUGCGAAGUGCACAAAAUGUUCCUGUGUAUUUCACAAGUCAUGUUGCCAACAUGUUUUCACUCCAUGCAUUCCUAAGGAAGCAGAUGGGCAUUUACAAAUCCCCGCCCCGACGUUCCACAAGAAAGAUUUGAAGAACGGACAACACUCGUUCUACAAGAAGUCUGGAGCUCUUGGUCAUUUCUGUCCCGUCUGCUUUGAAUUGUUAAUUAAAAGGUACCAAUGUGCUAUUUGUGGGAUGAAUGUCCACAAGAAGUGUAUCAAAAAAUUGGCUAUCCCAUGCAGACCAAUUUUCACGUUAAAAGGCUCCCACGACACUCAUUGGUUCGUUCAAAACAUUAAAAACAGAGGAAACGGCCUUUGUGUUGUAUGUGGAGACACAAGUUCUGCGGCACAUUAUGUCUGUGCGUGGUGUGGUCUUUGUGUCGAUCCAAAGUGUAUCGACAAAGUCCCCAAUGUCUGUUUCAGAGGGCGGCUUGGGAAGUUUGUUGUCCCUCCGCGUCUUGUGGAACCAUCGGGCGACUGGUAUAAAGCCACCAACGACAAAUCAGUUGAGCCGAUGAUCUUUUUCAUCAACAAGAAGUCGGGUGGGCACUUUGGAUCCGACAUUUUCAGGCAAGCCAUUGGCAUCUUUAAUCCCACUCAAGUGUAUAAUGUGUUCUGGGGGUAUAAGAAGCCGUUUGAAUAUAUCAAAGACUAUGGGAAUGACUUUAUAGCUGUCAUAUGUGGUGGAGAUGGGACAGUCGGGUGGGUGAUGGAUGAAUUAAAGAAAGCGGGGCUUCGUCCUAAGAUCUAUGUGAUACCAUUGGGUACAGGAAAUGACAUGUCGAUAUCAACGGGAUGGGGAGGAGGGUAUGACGGUCAAGACAUUUAUGAUCUUCUGCCACAAGUCAGUGACGCGUCUGUCCACGAAAUAGAUCGCUGGAAAGUAGUAGUUGGGGAUGCGACAGAACCCCUCCAUGUGUUCAACAAUUACUACUCGAUAGGGAUAGAUGCAUUGAUCGCCCUCACGUUUCACACAAAAAGAAACGCAAACCCGGAGAAAUUCAAGUCGCCCCUUGCAAACAAAAUUCAGUACGUGAUGUGCUCGACAGAGCAUCUGCUUCCGCCAGAAGUCAAGUUGUAUACAACAUUGCAUUUGAAAGUCGAUGGGAGAGAUGUUGAGCUUCCGAAAAUAGAAGGACUUGCUCUAAUCAACCUCCCGACAUACGGAGGAGGAAAUAAGUUUUGGCCGAGUGUGUCAUUAGCGGAGAUGGCGUAUGGGUUUCAUGAUCUGCAUAUCGGCGAUGGGGAAAUCGAGGUUGUUGGCUUUUCUUCGAUUAUUCAUUUGGGGGCUUGUGUCAGCGGAACGGGUGCGUCCAAGCCAAUCCGAAUAGCACAAGGUAAAGAAAUCGAAAUUCAAUUGGAUGAGGACGUUCCAUGCCAGUACGAUGGUGAGCCUUAUUUACAAACAAAGGGGGUUUUAAAAAUCACAUUGCACGAAAAGGUUCGGUUUGUUGUUAAGAAUUCAUUCCCGGUCAAUUCAUAUUGA